AUGGAUCAUAAUAAACGUAGAACAUCAUCUAUUGACUCUUAUUUUUCUGUUCAAAAGAAGUCAAAAUUUCAAGAUAUUGAAUCAAAUGAUACGAACAUCAGUCAAACAUCCUUCACUUUUGCAUCUCCAUCGAUUUCUUUAAUUUCAACAUCUGAUCAAGAUAUCGAAGUAGUAAAUGCUGAUGGUGUAGGAAAUUCUGUUGAGAAUAAAAACAUAUGUGAUGAUAUUAGUAAUUCAUAUCAUGAUUCACCUUGUCAACCAAUAUUGAUAAACUAUCCGACAAAUGAAGAUAAUCGUUCUUUUCAGGAUCAAUGGUACCAAGAUAGGCCUUGGCUUGAAUAUUCCAUUAAAAAGGAUUGUGCAUAUUAUUAUUAUUGUCAUCAUUUUGGUUUUAGUAGUUCAGCAUUAACAAAACGAAAACAACAUGAUGCUUUUGUAUCCAGUGGUUUUCGCAAUUGGAAACGUGCUCUUGAAAAAGAAAGAGGUUUUGAUAGACAUAUUACUAGUCAAGUUCAUAUAGUAGCAAGCAACAAUUAUUUAUCAUACCAACAACGUAUAAAAACAAAACAAACAGUCAUCGAUAUUUUGGAUUCAGGUCGAGCUCAACACAUUCGUCGUAAUAGAGAUCGUUUAAUAAAGAUCGCAUCACUUUUGUUAUUAUGCAGUCGACAAAUGAUUGCUAUUCGUGGUCAUAAUGAAAACGAAGAUUCAUUAAAUCGUGGUAAUUUAUUAGAGAUUCUACGUUGGUCUUCUCAGACUGAUCCAAUUAGUAGAGAAAUUUUGGAAGAUACUAACAAAAAUGCAACUUAUUUAUCUCAUCAAAUUCAGAAUGAACUUAUUAGUAUCAUGGCAAACCAAAUUCGUACUCAAAUUAGUGAACAAGUAAUUAAUUUUUUGCAAUACUUAUCAAGAAGUAAUCAAUUACUUUUUCUUCAUUUUCAGGUUAAAGGAAAAUUUUUUUCGUUAAUGGCUGACGAAUCACGUGAUAUUAGUGGCCAUGAGCAACUAUCCAUUGUUAUUAGAAUAGUAAUUGAUUUACCUGAUACAAAAGCUGAUCUUGUUAAAGAGUAUUUUAUGGGAUUUAUACGUUUACAUGAAUUUGAUGCAAAAAGUUUAUCAUUGAAAAUUGUUGAAUUUUUAAAGCAGUACAACAUUAAAUUAGAUUCAUGUAUUGCUCAAUGUUACGACGGUGUAAUGUCGGGAAAAUGUGCAGGUUUGCAAACAAUUAUGCGUGAAGAAUACAUGCCGAAAGGUGUAUAUAUCCAUUGUUGCACACAUAGAUUAAAUUUAGUAAUUGUUGAUGUGUGCAAAGUGGUGAAUUAUAUUGGUGAAUUUUAUUCGAUCAUGUCUUCAGUUUAUUCGUUUUUCACAUCUUCUGGUGUUGCAAAUGAAUAUUUUCUUGAUGCACAACAAAAAUUAAGACUAGAAACAACAAAAUUAAAAUUGUGGUCUGAUAUCAGAUGGGAUUCCAGGUGGGAUUCGAUUGAUGCAUUAAUUAAGAAUUACUCAGCUGUUAUUCAAGCUUUUGAUGAUAUUAUUGAAGAACAAGAUACACGUUCAGUUAAUGCUAGAGGCCUGCUUAUUGCUGUUAAAGAACCAAUUUUUGUUGUCACAUUAUUUGUUUUAUAUAAAUUAAUGGGUCCGAUUAAGAUCUUAUCAAAUCAACUUAAAAGUGAAACGAUUGAUUAUGGCAAAGCUCAUUAUUUGAUUUCAACUAUUAUUGAAGAAAUUCAAAAUUGUCGUAAUGAAAGAUCAUUUAAAUUUAUUUAUAAUCAAAUUCUUGAAUUUAGUCAAAAAUAUGACAUUGAUUUAAAACAAAAAAGAGGAGGUCGAGUACGAAAGAUACCUGACCGUUUUUCUAAUUCAAUUAUUACAAGUACUAUUGGUCAUCGAGAUGAUGACAAUAAUCAUGAACAUCGAUUUCGAACAAGCACAUUUUAUCCUUUGAUUGAUAGUAUAUUGAUCGAAUUAAACAACAGAUUCUCGAAUACAAAUUUGGAUAUAUUGAAAAGUUUAGCAGCUAUGUAUCCAGAAAGUGAACAAUUUUUAGAAUUUAAAUCAUUAUAUUCAUUAGCUGAUCAUUUAAAUUGUGAUCUGAACCAGCUACAGAGUGAAUUAAAUGUUAUUAAACCAAUGAUAAAAGAUGAAAAAUUAAAAUCCAUCAUUGAAUUAUAUAAGAAAUUAAGACCUUAUAAAGAAGCAUUUCCAACAGUUAUAUCUAUGAUUACUGGAGCACUUACCAUACCUGUUUCUUCAACAAGUUGCGAACGUAGUUUUAAGAUUCUACGUUGGUCUUCUCAGACUGAUCCAAUUAGUAGAGAAAUUUUGGAAGAUACUAACAAAAAUGCAACUUAUUUAUCUCAUCACAUCCAGAAUGAACUUAUUAGCAUCAUGGCAAACCAAAUUCGUACUCAAAUCAGUGAACAAGUUAAAGGAAAUUUUUUUUCGUUAAUGGCUGACGAAUCACGUGAUAUUAGUGGCCAUGAGCAAUUAUCCAUUGUUAUUCGUGUAGUAAUUGAUUCACCUGAUACAAAGGCUGAUCUUGUUAAAGAGUAUUUUAUGGGACUUAUACGUUUACAUGAGUUUGAUGCGAAAAGUUUAUCAUUGAAAAUUUGA